AUGGCAGUCUCCAAUACGCUAGCCGCCCGGGGUGGCGCCCUCUCUCCGAGCCAGACAACAUCGCAAAUGGCCACGACCACAGUUAGUGUGGAGGGAAUGACAUGCGGCGCAUGUACUUCUGCCGUUGAGGGCGCUUUCAACGGCGUCGAAGGUGCCGGUGAAGUCUCCGUGAGUUUGAUGAUGAGCAGGGCCGUCAUCCACCACGAUCCCACUCUCCUCCCUCCAGGUAAAGUCGCCGAGAUUAUUGAAGACUGCGGCUUUGAUGCGACUGUGAUCUCCACCGACAGUUCGUCGAUUCCGUCGCGGAGCGCCAGCGAUCAUGGAGCAUCUGAGGCGAAUGUCGUGACAACAACACUGGCCGUUGCAGGAAUGACUUGCGGGGCCUGCACCUCUGCAGUGGAAAGCGGGCUGGCAGAGAACCCCGGUGUACGAUCCGUCAAUGUCUCGCUGCUAUCAGAGCGAGCGGUGAUUGAGCAUGAUCUGUCGACGGUCUCCGCUGAGCAGCUUGCCGAGAUAGUGGAGGAUCGUGGCUUUGGCGCAAGGGUCUUAGAAACCUCGACAUCCCGGGCUGGUCCUCGCGGAUCCGAGUCUACGGAUCCCUCGUCUCAGUCAAUGACCACUACCGUUGCUAUCGAGGGUAUGACAUGCGGCGCAUGUACGUCAAGUGUACAGGCGGCGUUUGACGGCGUGGAAGGUGUGAUUCAAUUCAACAUCAGCUUGCUCGCCGAACGAGCAAUCAUCACCCAUAAUCCUCAAAUACUUCCAUCUCGGAAAAUUGUCGAGAUCAUCGAAGAUGCCGGCUUCGAUGCCAAGGUCGUUUCUGAGGUCCAGGCGCUUGGUCAGAAGGGCGGGCCGACUCAGGUCACGCUUGACGUUCAUGGCUUACGAGAUGCUAAUUCUGCUGCAGCCCUGGAGGACUCCUUAAUGCAAAAGCCGGGGAUAAUCUCAGCGUCAGUAACACUUGCCACCUCUCGGCUGGUUGUCUCGUACGACACCUCUAUGGUCGGGAUCCGUACAAUUGUUGCCGUCAUUGAAGCUGCUGGCUGCAAUGCUUUACUAGCGGAUUCUGAUGACAAGAACACGCAGCUAGAGUCUUUGGCGAAGACGAAAGAGGUCUUGGAGUGGAGACGCGCCUUCCUGUUCUCACUAUCCUUCGCCAUCCCUGUGUUCUUGAUAAACAUGAUUCUUCCGAUGUACCUACCAACGCUCGAUUUUGGCGGUAUCCGAAUCAUUCCGGGUCUUUACCUCGGCGACUCCGUGUGUCUAUUACUCACAAUUCCUGUGCAAUUCGGUAUCGGUAAACGCUUCUACAUCACAAGCUAUAAGUCCUUACGGCACCGUGCCCCAACCAUGGAUGUUCUCGUUAUGCUUGGCACUUCAGCAGCCUUCUUCUACAGUGUUUUCACCAUGAUUGUAGCCAUCGUUAUUGACCCUCACCAAAGACCCAACACUGUCUUUGACACAAGUACUAUGCUCAUCACCUUCAUAACCCUUGGUCGGUGGCUUGAGAACAGGGCCAAGGGUCAAACGUCCGCUGCUCUUUCUCGGCUUAUGUCCCUCGCACCAUCAAUGACGACCAUUUACGAUGACCCGAUAGCCGCCGAGAAGAUGGUAGAAGAAUGGGAUAAAGUUGACGGCCAAGAGCAAAAAACGGCUACAAACGAAAUGUCCACCGUCUCACAAAAAAUCAUCCCCACUGAACUCAUUGAAGUGGGCGACAUUGUCGUUCUCCAUCCCGGCGACAAGGUUCCUGCUGAUGGAGUUGUCAUUCGAGGAGAGACAUAUGUCGAUGAGAGUAUGAUCACUGGUGAAGCAUUGCCUAUUCAUAAGGCAAAAGGAAGCCUGGUCAUUGCGGGAACAGUGAAUGGGACAAGCGCAGUUGACAUUAAGGUUAUUCGCACUGGCAAGGACACUCAGCUCAGCAAGAUUGUCAAGCUGGUACAAGACGCUCAAACAAGCCGAGCUUCCAUUCAACGCAUGGCGGAUAUCGUCGCUGGCUAUUUUGUACCAUCGAUUAUCAGCCUUGGGUUGGUUACAUUCUUUGGCUGGAUGUUUGUGAGCCACUUGCUGCCUCACCCUCCGAAGAUCUUUGUGACAAAAGAAGGCGGGGGUAAGGUCAUGGUCUGUCUUAAGCUGUGCAUCUCAGUCAUUGUUUUCGCCUGUCCGUGCGCUCUGGGACUCAGCACCCCUACAGCGGUAAUGGUCGGCACAGGGGUUGGUGCCACUCAGGGUAUCCUCGUCAAGGGCGGUGCUGUACUCGAGGCUGCUACCAAGAUCACACAUGUUGUGUAUGACAAGACCGGUACUUUGACAACCGGACAGAUGAGUGUCACCGAGGCUAGAAUUGAGCCUCACUGGAGUUCAAGUGACUGGCGUCGUCGACUCUGGUGGUUGAUUGUUGGGCUGGCGGAGAUGAACAGCGAGCAUCCUAUUGGCAAGGCAAUCCACUUGGCAGCAAAGAGUGAAUCAGGAAAUUCGGGCGAAGGUGGACUUCCAGGAAGCUUAGGCGAUUUCGAAGCUCGCAUCGGCAAGGGCAUAGCUGCCUUGGUUGAGCCAGCUUCCGGUGUCGAACGCGUCCGCUACCGUGUCCUGAUUGGAAAUGCUGCUUUUCUGCAAUCGCACAGCGUUGCUGUCCCAGAAUCAGCUGAAACGACUCCAGAUGCUUCCGGUUACAAGAAUUCCCGGGUCGGCAUCACCCAAAUCCACGUCGCAAUCGACGGUCACUUCGCCGGCACGAUAGCUCUCCAAGAUACCGUCAAGGUAACCGCCGUAGCUGCUGUAGCCGCCCUGCACCGAAUGGGAAUCUCGACCUCUUUGAUUACUGGAGACUCCCGCGCAGCGGCCAUCUCAAUCGCCUCGGCUGUUGGCAUCGCACCCGAAGCCGUGCACGCCUCCGUCUCCCCUUCCGAUAAACAGUCCAUCAUCGCAUCCCUCCAAGAGACAGGCGAUCGCGUUGCCAUGGUAGGUGAUGGCAUCAAUGACUCCCCCGCCCUGGCCACCGCGUCUGUCGGCAUCGCUCUCGCCUCAGGCACAGACGUCGCCAUGGAAGCAGCCGACAUCGUACUCAUGCGGCCCGACGACCUGCUCUCAGUCCCGGCUAGUCUCGCCCUUUCCCGUUCCGUCUUCAACCGCAUCAAGCUCAACCUCGUUUGGGCCUGUGGUUACAACAUUAUCGGCCUGCCCUUCGCAAUGGGACUCUUCCUACCCUUUGGCGGGUUUAUGCUCCCGCCAAUGGCUGCCGGUGCGGCAAUGGCGCUUUCCAGUGUCUCCGUUGUAGUAAGCAGUCUCCUCUUAAAAUUCUGGAGACGACCCUCAUGGAUGGACGCGGAGCUGCUGGAGAAGGAGGUUGGCAUAGCGUCGGAUGGCAAUUCUCGGAAGAAUUGGCUCGGGGCUACGCUCUUUACGUCCCCUAACAAGACUCGUCGCGCUGCCCAGUGGGCUCAGGGCAUCGGUGCUAGGGUCUGGUCCGUCUUUACUGGACGCCCUAGUCAGUCGGCGAGUAUAGAGCCUAGCUAUGUGCCUCUGCAGACGGUAGAACCCGCCGUCUAG